AUGGAGAUGAUUGAAAUCAUCUCAGGACUGAAAACAAGGUUGAAGGAGCUCCUCAGGGCCAAACUGGUGGAGUGUGGAUGGAAGGACCAGCUGAAAGCUCACUGCAAAGAUGUGAUCAGAGAGAAAGGUCUGGAGCACGUCACGGUGGAGGACCUCGUCACAGAAGUGACGCCCAAAGGCAGAGCGCUCGUACCGGACGGCGUGAAGAAAGAACUCCUGCAGAGAAUCAGAUCCUUUCUGGUUCAAAACACACCGCUCUGAAACCCCGCCCCCCGCCUGAUGUGACCAACACUUGAAAGGACUUUUUAUUUGAUAUUAUGUGUUUUGGUAUAAAUGUGAUUCGUUUUGCUGCUUUUUUGGCAGAAAACCAAUAAAGCCUUCUGCCUGCCGCCUGUCUGGACUCGCGCCGAUCCGACUUUUCUGUCAGACAAGCUGAUGACAGACGUGUUCCAGAAAUAAAGACAUAGAAGUUAU